UUGAGAUCUUCGAUCUUCCAAGUAGUGUGCCCGGUCAAUUAUACCAGAAUGGAACAACUACAGGUCGCAUUCCUGGGUCCCCCAGCAUCUUUUUCGCACCAGGCUGCCCUGGAAGUUUUCGGUUCUUCGGUCAACCUAAUACCUCAAACAUCUUUUGCGGAUGCCUUCGCUGCUGUUCAACAGCAGCAAGUGGACUAUGCAAUAAUACCAGUUGAAAAUUCAACAAAUGGGGUAGUAGUGCAGACAUUUGACCUUUUCGCGGAUCGACAAGGCCUUUAUAAAGAUGUGAAAGUUUGUGGGGAGCAUUACCUAGCUGUCCAUCACUGUCUGUUGAUUCGAAAGGAUAUAUCACCACUUGCUAGACCAGACUAUGGUUCCAUCAAGAAACUAUACACUCACCCGCAAGCAUGGGGCCAAUGUGAUAAGUUCCUAUCCCUCUACUUCAAAGGCGUCGAAAGGCAAGAUACCUCUUCGACUUCGAAAGGUGCCGAAAUUGUUGCGAAGAAACAGGAUGAGCAUGGUGCCGCCAUCGCUAGCCGUUUUGCGGCGGAAUAUCACGGCGUGGAGGUCGCCGAAGCUAAUAUCGAGGAUGAUCAUGGCAACAAAACACGAUUCCUCAUCAUUGAAAAUACCCAGUCGGACCAUACAAAUCGGAUAGCCUCCUUCGAAGAAGUAAGAAGUGGUGGUACGGCACAAGCACCCACUUUGAAACCCGCAAGAAAAUCACUAUUCUCGUUCACUAUAAACCAAGAUCUACCAGGAGCAUUAGCGGAUGCCCUGUUGGUAUUUAAAGCUGAGGGUUUCAACCUAACAAGCAUCAAUUCUCGACCCAGCCAGAGAGGGCCGGGGCAGUACAUUUUCUUUGUGGAAUGCCAACUGGACCAGAGUAUUCAAUGUGACGAUGUUGUCUCCCGAGUUUUACAAAGUCUUCGGGCAUUCACGGUGACAUGCAGAGAACUGGGGACCUGGAAAGAUACACUUCAGCUAUCUGGUUAGGCUUUUAUGGCGUGAUAUUCAACAACCAGCGGACAUAUUUCAGUGGAUACUUUUAGCUACACCAAGCUUCCACUUGGUGAUACUCUAUCUACUGCAAAUGGAUAUAUAUAUAUAUAUCUAUCUAUCUAUCUAUCUAUUUUAGUUGCUUUGCGAGCAUAUCCC